AUGUCAAGGGCUAAUAUCCAUGAGAUUAACAGAAAUACUGGGGCUCACGAGAUCGAUUCGAUAUGCACAAACAUGGGCUUCGGCAAAUUACAGAUACCAGGGGAGGAUAUCAAGCCCUCCACACAAAUUGGAGGCUCCAAAUUGUUGUUUCGUUCUUAUCGUCUAUCCGUAUUUGACUGA